AUGAUGAAAAUCUUCAGAAUUUUUACACGACAUUUAAACUACCGAAUAUUAUUUAGACCAGAUAAUUGGUAUAUACUUCCAUUAUUAUGUAUUGUUUUAUUUUUUGUAUUUUUUCUUCAAAUACUUCUACUUGUAAUUAUUUAUUCUAUAUACAUUUUUCGAUCAAAUCAAUGUUGUUUUGAUUCAUCUAGUAUAAUUAUUUCAUUAACAACUACUCCAGAAAGAUUUCAUCAUGAACUUCCAUUUGCUAUUCAUUCAUUAUUAUCUCAAACACAAUUACCAAAACAAAUUCGUAUUUAUCUAUCACCAACAUCUCUCAUUACUCAACAAACAAACUUAACAUUAAAGCAUUUAAAAACCGAUUUACAACAUCUUGAUUCAUCAAAGAUUAUUACCAGAUUAUUUGAUAAACUAGUAGAAAUUCGAUUAGAAGUAGAAGAUUAUGGUCCAGCAACAAAAUUUUUACCAAUUAUUAAAGAAUUUCAUUUAAUGAACACUAUGGAAUCAAGUUCACAAGCGAUUAUGAUUUGUGAUGAUGAUCAGUAUUAUCACCCACGUACAAUAAGUACAUUAAAUGAAUAUUCAACUAAAUAUCCAAAUAGUAUCAUUGGCUUCAGAGGAUGGAGAAUACGUAAAGAUCUUGUGUGGGGUGUACGUGGUGGAUUUGAAAUAGAUUAUCAUAUCAUUCGAUCAUAUCAUCUUUCUAAAAUGUAUCGUGUUGGUAUCGUUACUGCAACUGAUGCUUAUCUUAUUCGUCCAUCAUUUUUUGAUUCUCAUAUUUAUAAUGAUUUCAAUCAAGCACCUAAUGAUAUUCGUCAUGUUGAUGAUAUUUGGUUAAAUGGUCAUGCAGCAAUACGUAACAUAACUCGUUAUGUUGUUCCAUCAUGUUGUUCUCAUAUAAGUGUUACGCGAACUCAUGCACUCGAACAAUAUUUAGUAAAUCAUAAAAUGACUCGUGGAUCGGCUAAUAGUCAUGCAUUAAAAUGGUUUGAUAAAAUGUGGGAAAAAGAUUUAUGGUAUAAAUUUAAAGGUGAAAACAGACCAGAACAUCGAAAUAAACGGACAGUUAUCCUACGACAAUGGAUGAAUAUUAUUGAAUUUCUUAAAUUUAUUGUUAAUUUUGGUUUUGUAUAUGAUUGA